AUGAAUGGCGCGAGUAUUUUCCUCUGUGUUCUUGUCAUCUCGUUCUCACAGUUUCUGAUCACGAGUUUUCGCCGAACACCCAUUGUCCGGGCACCCAUUGGUCCCAUUCGUGGUACUGUGUUGCACACUGUAUGGAACGCCAUCGAAUAUUCCUCCUUCAAAGGAAUCCCCUAUGCGAAACCACCACUUGGUGAUUUGAGAUUCAAGCCUCCAGUUCCUACAGAUAGAUGGAAGAAGGUGCUGAAUGCAUUCAAAGAGGGCAGUGUAUGUCCUCAGUCGGAUUUCGCAACAAGUGAACUGACAGGUUGCGAAGAUUGUUUAUAUUUGAAUGUAUACACACGGGAGGUAACUAUUUUGAAGCCGGUUAUGGUUUGGAUACACGGUGGAGGUUAUUUCUCAGGAUAUAGCAAUUCGUCUCUAUAUGGACCUGAUUUUUUUUUAGAGGCAGAUGUCGUGUUUGUGAGUUUCAACUAUCGUCUCGGUGUUUUAGGAUUCUUGGCAUUAGAUCAUCCAAAUGCAACAGGCAAUGCUGGGUUAAAAGAUCAACAAUUAGCCCUCCAAUGGGUGCAAAACAAUAUCGCCGCGUUUGGGGGUAAUCCAAAACAAGUGACGAUCUUUGGGGAAAGUGCUGGCAGCACUUCCAUUGGUUUUCACAUGUUGUCCGAACGAUCGAGAGGAUUGUUUCUUCGAUCAAUUAGCAUGAGCGGUACACCUUUGUGUCCUUGGGCAUUCCAUACACCGGAAGAAAUGAUCCGAAAUGCUCAUAAGCUUGCCCAUGUUCUUGGCUUUAUACCUAAAGAUAAAGAUGAUCUGUUAAAUUACCUACGCCAAACACCUGCUUUGCAUCUAGCAAAUGCAGCAAAGGAUGUUGAUUUGAACUUCCUGCCAUUUCGGCCGACUAUAGAAAAUCCUCAUACCGAUCUUAGCAACAGUACUUUUCUGACAGAAUGUCCAAUAACAAAGUAUCAUAACGGAGACUUUUAUCAUCACGAUACGAUGUUGGGUUACACUCGCGAUGAGCUUGUCAUGUUUCUUGGUCCCUCAAUUAGAGUAGCAAACAUGAUCGAUUGGGCCAAAAGGUACUUGCAGAACAUAGACAAACAUAAUCUGGGUAUUAUAAGUAAACCAACAAAUUUAAUGGCGGAAUUCGUAACUAAUUUAGUUAAAAGCAGCUUGAAAUCACUAAUGAAGGUCGGGAUGGAUAUAUUUUUCUCCAGUCCUAUCGAUCUGACCCAAAGACUAUUAGCAAAGCAUAAUACAGGUCAUCCAAAUUACUAUUACCGUUUAUCGUAUGAAACAAAGUAUGCCAUGCAUCGCCUCCAAAAUAAUCCUUUGAAUGGAACUGCUCAUUUCGACGAUGUUGGAUACAUAUUUAACGCAAAGUCUCUUCAUGCACCUAUUGACCCGAAAGAUAAGUUCAACCUAUUCAGGAAGAAGAUGGUUACUCUAUGGACUAAUUUCGCCAAAUACGGAGAUCCUACGCCAAAGAAUUUUAAUCAGUCUACCUUUGACGUUACUUGGAUAGAUUCUGGAAACGAAGGAUUUCAACUGGAUAUUAAUACAAUGUCCACGAUGAAAAAGCGUUUGGUUGAUCAAAAAACUGCAGAUUACGAAAAAUUGCUUUAUAGGAUAUUGCCAAUGACAACUUCUUGCGUGAAAAAACCCAUGAAUUUUCUAGAUAUUUUUUGA